GGAACUGGUUGUCUACGUUCACCAUGACUGAAACUGCAGUGGAAACACCCGUGGUAACUUCGAAGAAGGGAGUGAAAGUGAAGGCUACGAAGAAGGCUGCGGCCAAAACUGGGAAGCCGAAUGUUCCUUCUCACCCGCCAACAUCUCAGAUGGUCGAUUCUGCUAUCAAGAAUUUGAACGAGAAGGGAGGAUCAUCUUUACGUGCUGUGCGCAAAUACAUCGCUGCUCAGUACAAAGUUGACACUUCCAAGUCAACUCACAUCAAGAAGUACCUGAAGAGCGCUGUCGCUUCAGGCAAACUUGUCCAGACCAAAGGCACUGGUGUGACUGGUUCGUUCAAGUUCCCGAGUAAGGACAAACCAGUGAAGAAACCUUCAUCCAAGCCGAAGAAAACCACGAAAAGCCCUGCUAAAAAAGCAGUGGGUAAACCUAAAACUGUUGCUAAGAAGGUAGCGUCUAAACCCAAGCCGAAGAAAUUGAAGGUCUCCACCGCUAAACCCACCAAGAAGACAGCUUCUCCCAAAAGGAAAGCACCAAAAAGGAAGUAAAUUUUAUCAAAUUUAUAUUUACACUUGUGCUAUUUUAAAGGCCCUUCUAAGGGCCAACAAAUUCUCACUAAACAAA